AUGGUGCCCGCGCCGCCGCCGCUCCCCACGCAGUUCCCCUGCUGGUGCAGGGCUGUUUAUUCUUGGGGAGGCGAGUCCAAGCGCGAUCUCGGCUUCAUCGAGGGCGACCUGAUCGAGUGCUUGAACGCCGGUGACGGCUCGUGGUGGGUUGGUCGCCUCUAUCGAGAUCGAAGGACGGUCGGUUCGUUUCCCUCCAACUUUGUCUCGCUUCUUCCCGAAGGCUUUCGUCCAACGACGAGAUCAGCCAGCCCACUGCCUGAGAGCAACAUGGUGAGCCCUCAAGCCAUGGCCUCCAAGUCCAAGACCUUCCGCAAGCCCUUUGAGGCAUACGCAAAAGCGCCGCACUACACGAGCGCAAAGCAGCCCGAGACGUUUCGAGAGCCACCGAGGCCAAGGACUGUUGAGACGUUGAGCAACUCCUUUUCAAAGAGCGUGCCCGAGGGAAUCGAGAGAGUGGCGUCGCCCUCACAGCCACGCGGCUAUGGCUCGAGAGCGCCAUCGCCCGCACCUCCCAUGAUGCGUGAGCCACCCAGGAGACCAUCACCUGCACCAUCCAUGAUGCGGGAGACUCACCACCGCCACCAGCACCACCGCCCCAUCGCCAUGUUGCCCGCAACGGCCUCCUACAAUCACUAUCGCCAAGGGUCGAGCAAUUCGUACCAGGGCCAGCACGACCUAUCGCGGCAGACGUCGUACACGCCUCCCUCUCCCGGCGGAAGCCACUUGACGCCCUCACCUUUGCGAGAGGCAAUGGAUGGAGUCAUGGAACAGCUGGGCCAGCUGGAAGGUCUCGGAGGACCUCGGGAGGCAGCAUCUCCAGCUCCCCCGUUUGACCCCUGGGCGCCCGAGUCUUUCGACCUGGCAUCUCCCCGAUCCAAGCGCACAGUGCCCGAACGCACGAGGCCCGUAACAUCAAUGGGUAUAGCACACCACGACGAAGGCUACGAGACCUGGAGCGGCGACUCUUCGCGGGGCACCUCGCAUCAAAGCGGGAAUCGCGGGCGUGUGGACGAGCAUACCCAGCUGAAUAGCUACGUGGAGCGCAUGGAAAAGCAUUUCCAGACACUUCAUCAGCAGAGUCCCAGCGUUCCCCCACCCGACGUGGGUGAUAUGGCACCGCCUCCACCGCCAAAGAGCCAGCAGCAUAGUCGACCCAAGACGUCCUCGGGCGAAGCGGGUGUGCCGGAAAGGAAACUCAACAUGCGAAAGUCUGCCCACGAGAUCGGCCACGGAGUUAGCAGAACAUACACCACCAAGACCAAUGCCACGCACGCCUCAUCCGGGAACCAGAGCAACACCAGCUCUUCGACGCAGAGCAGUGGCAGGACCCUAUGGAGUGGUGCAUCGGCCAGCGGCUUCAGCUCGACGAGCGCCGGGAGCUAUGCUCGUACGACCCAGCGUGCCCAGAGCGCCCUGGGCUUGCGCGAACUGGACAUUGAGCGGCCAGAGACGCCCUUCACCGGGGUCACCUACCACAGCAGCCACGCCAGCCAUGUGACCGGCGCUGUCCGGCCAGCUUCCCAGGUGGGAUUCCACGACGAUCUGACAGCUGGCAUCGGUGGACUCGUUCACCCCAAAGCCCCGAAGCGAAACAUCUUUAAGAAGAUUUUCGAGAGCGCCAAGACUGGCGUUGCCAGCAAUCGCAAUAGUAUCGCGGCUGGCUCCGGUACCGGCACGUCCCCUGCUAGAUCGUCGCCUUUCAAUCGGCCAUUACCCCAGGGCGCUUCGCCAAUGUCGAGCAUGGCGGGAGUGCGCGGCCCGGCGUCCGGACGUGACGCUGCCAGGGAGAUGGGUCUCGGCAGCGGAGUAGACUGGGUACAGGUGCGCCGGGACGUCAACCGCUCCAAUUCCCUGAGCAAGAGCGAGAGGAAUGAACGCAGGGAUCGCUGCCAAAUGAUGGACCAUCCCGCGCUCAACCCUGUGGAUGAAUUAUUUGAAGGGAUCGAAGGUGACGAGGGUGCCGACGGGAUGCCGGUUGCCGACCCCCUGAAUUAUCAAGCCAUCAACCUGAGCCAAGUCGACAAGAACUCGCGCUUCAUCAGCGACCCAUCGCCAUCAAUGGCGACGGCAAAGUCACUGGCGACGACCUACCUCUGUCGCCCCUAUCGGAGCGAUGUCCAACGGUUGCGGGCUAUUUUUACAUGGGUGGCCGAGAAUAUAUGUUGGGAAGAAGACUUUGAGGGGGAGGUUGACACUCGACGGGUGAUUCAGUCCAAGCGUGGCUGCGCCGAAGAGCACGCCGUCCUGGUCAUGGAAAUGUGCGCUGCAGUCGGGCUUCAGUGCGAGGUCAUCCGGGGAUAUCUCAAGAGCCCCGGGGAAGUGCCAGACCUGAACAUGGUACCGCGAUCAAAUCACUGGUGGAACGCGGUCAUUGUCGACGGCGAGUGGCGCAUCCUGGACUGCUGCCUGGCCAGUCCGUCGAACCCCAAGCGUGGCCUCUAUUCGAGCGCGAGCGGUGCGGCAGCGGAUCCCUGGUGGUUCCUGGCUCGGCCGACCGAGAUAUGCUGGACACAUGUCCCUGAGCACCACGACCAGCAGCACAUUGUGCCUCCGGUGGCACAUGAAAUUCUACUCAACCUGCCAUGCGCCUGCCCGGCCUUCUUCCGCAACGGAAUCGAGAUGGUGGACUACAACACGUGUGCCACAAGGAUUGAGGAUUUAGAAAUGGUGCACGUCAAGUUUAACGUGCCGGCCGACAUCGAGGUGGCGGCAGAAGUUGAGGCGCGAGCAUAUUCGCAGGACGCCGACGGCGACGUUUUCGAGAGCGGUGACGUUGUCAGGAAGCGGGCGCUGGCCCAGGCUGAAUGGUUCAAUGGCGUGAAGCGAUACACGGUCAAGGCGCUGCUGCCCGGAGAUGAGGGCCAAGGAACACUCAAGAUUUACGCCGGGCAGAGAGGACUGAUGCACAGCAUCAAAGACAUACCUCAUCCACUGGCCAUGGCGUUGCCUGUUAUCCACACGGGCGAGAACCCCCCCUACGAGUUUGUGACGCGGCAUCCGACGCCUCACGCGCAGCGACACGACAUUUACGUGGUGCAGCCGCAGUGUCAGCGGCUGGCGCUCAAUAACACUUUUGUGUUUGCCAUUAGGCAGCACCCGAGCUCGCUGUCGAGCGGGCCGCAGUCUGCUCUGACGCCGGCGACGAACCCGGGAGCGACGAGCCCCAUUCCGUUCCUGCGACCGAGCUCAGCGAUGAGCAUCACGGCGUCGAGUGUGGGCGGGUCGAACCCGAGCUCAGCGACGGGCAUCGUGGCGGGCCAGAAGCCGGCCAAGCUGGCGAUCCAAACGCCUGGUGGAAAGAUCCUCCGUCUUAUGCGGAAGGAGGAGCGGCGAGGCAUGGGAUUGAUCGGUAGGGCUCUCGGCAGCGACGACGAGCCAAGCGAUGGCGGAACAUGGGAGACAAUCAUCAAAUGCUCGGAGAGGGGCCUGUGGAGAGGGCUGGUCUUGGCAGACCGCACGGCGCGAUGGUGUGUGUUUGCCGAGUGGGUUUGCGUGGGAUGA